AUGGGAGUUGUGAUUUUGCUGACGGCGUUGGGUGCAGGGGCAGGCCACGUCAUCAGCAAGCCGCUGGUCCGCCAAUGCAUCCGAACAUCCUUCUGUCAGCUCACAGCCGUUGAUGGAGCAGCAUCAACGAACGGCAUCGCUGGAUGUUCCCAAGGCAAGAGCGCAGUGGAGGUGAAUUAUAGGCGGCUACCAUCGUCGGCCGUUUACGAAGGCGUGUUGCUCGUGUUCAAUGAGUUGAACCGGAGAUCCUCACAUGCAUUCUUUGAUCCGCCAUCAAGACGAGAAGUCAAGGAGAGAGUGCAGGCAUUCAACUGUUCCCAGCCAGGCGAGUUCUCCCAAGGGGAAUUCGAGGACCUCAUUCUCCUCUUCUUUCCAGACGCAGUAUCGCGUGUCACAAAAGACAUUGUGCUCACAUGCACAGCAGUCACGUGCCUCACUCUUGCCACCAAGAGCGCUGCAGAUGCCAUGCUGAGAAGAGCCGGCUCCAAGCGGUCGAUUCCUAGCGCCCUGCUAGCAUGCGUGAUUGGAUUAGUGUGGCGAAUAGCCUGGAAAUAA